UCGAGCCCCCGCCGCUCAGCCGCUGCCGCCCGGGCGGGCGGGCGAGGGGACGAAGAUGGCCACGCUGCUGCGCAAGAUCGGCCUGAUCCGGCUGCACAACCGCGACACGGAGGACCCCAAGCACCACCUGCACCCGCCCCGCGGCACCUCCCAGCAGGGCUCGGCGCUCCGCGGCCGCGGCCACCAGAAGAACAAGGCGGCGCCCACGACCGCCCAGCCGCCGCCGCCGCCGCCGGCCCUGCCAGGUAGCCCCCCCGGCCAGGAGAGCCCCGGCAGCCCCGCCGCGCGCCCCCCGCAGAAGCCGGCGCGGGCCGAGGGUCCUGCGGGGCGCGGGGGCGCCGUGGCGGCGGGGGGCGGGCGGGGGGCGCACGGCACGCAGGUGCGGACGCGGCGGCUGAUGAAGGAGCUGCAGGACAUCGCGCGGCUGAGCGACCGCUUCAUCUCGGUGGAGCUGGUGGACGAGAGCCUCUUCGACUGGAACGUCAAGCUGCACCAGGUGGACCAGGACUCCGUGCUGUGGCAGGACAUGAAGGAGACGCACACCGACCACAUCCUGCUCAACCUCACCUUCCCGGACAACUUCCCCUUCGCCCCGCCCUUCAUGCGCGUCCUCAGCCCCCGCCUGGAGAACGGCUACGUCCUGGACGGCGGCGCCAUCUGCAUGGAGCUCCUCACCCCCCGCGGCUGGUCCAGCGCCUACACCGUCGAGGCCGUCAUGCGCCAGUUUGCCGCCAGCCUGGUCAAGGGGCAGGGUGACUUUACAGAGGAAGAGAAUGGAUUCAGUCUGAUAUUCAAGCUUCCGCCCAGUCAUCCAGGUUAUCAGUACCCCCAAAGGAACAUCUUUGUGCUGAGAUGGAAGAGAGGAAAUGAAACCUUGACUGAGGCGCUGCCCGUGAUAAUGAUCACACAGAGCGGAGGCAUCACCACAGUUCUGCGUUGUCCUGAACAAGCCAGCACUUAA